AUGAAACUAUUGAGCUGUUUAUUGCAUUUGAUCACGUUUUUUACUGUGGCAAUGGCCACUUCUGGUGAAUCAGAUUCUCCAACUAUUACCCACAAGGUCUACUUUGAUAUUGAACAUGGUGGCAAGUCUAUGGGUCGUAUUGUCAUGGGUUUAUACGGUGACGUUGUUCCAAAAACCGUAGAGAACUUUUACCAAUUGACCAUUUCCAAGGAUGCCAACUUAGGUUUCAUUAAUUCUAUCUUCCACAGAGUCAUUCCAGAUUUCAUGAUUCAAGGUGGUGAUUUCACUCACCAUUCCGGAAUCGGUGGUAAAUCCAUCUACGGUAACCGUUUCCCAGAUGAAAACUUCAAAUUGAAGCAUAGCAAACCAGGUAUGUUAUCCAUGGCUAAUGCUGGUAAGGACACCAACGGUUCUCAAUUCUUCAUUACCACUGUUCCAACUCCUUGGUUAGACGGUAGACACGUCGUCUUUGGAGAAAUCCUAGAAGGAAUGGAUGUUGUCAGCGCCAUCGAGCACGUUAAGACUGAUAGAAGAGACAAACCACUCAAGGACGUCAAGAUUGUUGCCACUGGUGAAUUAUCUGUUGACAAGGUAGCCCGUGAUGAAUUGUAA